ACCUUCCCUGACCAGAUUCUCACACCUCCUCUACUCCUCUGCAUUUGGUCUCUGUUCCCACAGCACCUAUACUUCCCAGCACUAUCACUGAUCACAUUUCCACUAUAAAAUCUGGAAUGACUUGAUGAAACAAGAAUUUAAAGAAGAUUGUCUUGCUAAGGGAGAGGGAAAAUUGGGGACUAGCAGGCCACACAGAGAUAACUGUGCUGAGAUGGUCAUGAAGGGGCUUUGAAGUGAGUGGUGUAUAAGGAGGAGGGAAUGUGUGAGGGACGUCACUGACUGGGGGUGGGGAACGGGAGAGGAAAUUCAGAUGAAAAUGACUAUGAUAUGGUAAGCUCAGUAUCAAAGCAGAAUUUUGUACCACUCACUUGCUUGGUUGUGGUUGGGAAGGAUAGAGGAAUUUGUGUUUGAUCAUGCUGAUUUUGAGCUGUGUCUAGCUGUGUGUCUAGCAGGCAUUUGGAGGGUGUUGUUCAGGAGGAAGGCUGUGUGGGUGGUUCUACAGAUUAGGAUGGUGGAUUCACUGUGUCACAGAAACACUGAGUUGAAUUAAUAGGGUGGAGGGCUCUGAAGACUGCACUGGUGUUUGGAUAAACUCUCUGGAGCCAUGGAGAACAUGCACAAUUAAGGACAGCUCCAGGAACAGGAGUUGGACAAGGAGUAAGCCACUACAAAGAGGGAGAGGUGAGGACGUGCAAGGGACUUUUGUUCUGGAGACUCACUCUCAUCAUUUUCCUUUUAGCCCUAGUUUUCUCGGAGUUGGUGUAGGAGAAGAGAUGCACCAGAAUAUCUCCCUUAAUCUCUGCCAGAGAGCAGCUUGGAUCAUCCCCAUGGAAAUGGUUGCUCUAGAAAACCAAACUAUCACAGAAUUUGUCCUCCUUGGUUUCCAUGACAUAGCUGAGCUGCAUCUCCUUUUCUUUAUUGUGUUCACUGUCAUCUACGUCUCCACUGUUGUGGGGAAUAUGCUAAUCAUUGUGGUGGUGGUUAGCUCACAGAGUCUCCACACACCCAUGUAUUUCUUCCUGGUUAACCUGUCUUUCCUGGAGAUCCUCUACACCUCCACAGUGGUGCCAAAAAUGCUGCAGGGCUUCUUGCAGGAGGCAGCCAUCUCUGUGGCCGGAUGCCUGCUCCAGUUCUUUAUCUUUGGCUCUCUAGCCACGGCUGAAUGCUUCAUGCUGGCCGUCAUGGCCUAUGAUCGCUACCUGGCGAUUUGUUAUCCACUCCGCUACCCUGUCCUGAUGGGGCCCAGAGGGUGUUUGGGGCUGGUGCUCAUUGCUUGGCUGUCUGGCUUUAUGGUAGAUGGACUGGUUGUGGCCCUAAUGGGUCAACUGAGGUUCUGUGGCCCCAGCCACAUUGACCACUUUUACUGUGACUUCAUGCCUUUGAUGGGCCUGGCCUGCUCGGAUCCCAGCAUCAUCCAGAUGACAACAUUCAUUCUUUCUGUGGUCUGCCUCACUGCCCCCUUUGGACUGAUUCUGACAUCCUAUGCCCGGAUCAUGGUAGUUGUGCUAAGGGUCCCUGCGGGGAACCAGAGGCGAAAGGCUUUCUCCACCUGCUCCUCCCACCUGGCAGUUGUGUCCACCUUCUAUGGAACUCUCAUGGUUUUGUACAUUGCACCCUCUGCCAUCCACUCCCAGCUCCGCUCCAAGGUCUUUGCCCUGCUCUACACUGUGGUCACCCCUCUUCUCAAUCCUGUGAUCUACACCCUGAGGAAUAAGGAGGUUCAUCAUGCAUUGCGAAGCCUUCUGUAUAUUAAGCACACCGAAACACCUGAUUGAAGGAGAAUGGUGGUGAAUAUUUUAUUUGGACUUUGGAUGUCUCCAUUGGGGUGUCUUUCAGGACUUGUUGGGGAGGAAGAACUUUGUUCUAUUUUGACUUUUCCCUUUGUAAAACAUUCUAUAGUUACUCUAAAAAUGAUCAACAAUUUUCAAGCUAACUUAAA